UUAAAAACAUAGUAAUAAAUAAGGAGAGAUUGCUGAUUGUGCAAGCUGACAAGUGCUGAUCUGUCACUCCGAAGUUGAGGUUCGUAAUAUCCAGGUAGGCUCGUACAACCGUUUGGGGUUACGAACCUCUUCCCGAUAAACAAAAUUAAAAAGUAUAACCCAAAAAACAAUUCACUCUGUACCUCCUGUCUGUCUUGUAAAGUGACCGUAGGAACAUCAAUUCAUUCAUCUUCUUCUCUCCUAAACCAUUAAUUUCAGCCAUAACCAACAAAGCUUUUGCUUUCUUGUGAAGCAUUCCCACUUUGCCUUUGCUGUUGGUUUCCAUUAAAGACAGCCUUUCCUAUCAUUCUUCUCUUCAGCUAUACGGUAAUUAUGAUACCAUUCUUUCUUCUUCUGCUUCUUCUGCAGAGCACUAGUUUCUCUAUACAUGCCAUUUUAGACCCAAUUGAUUUCUUAGCUUUACAAGCGAUUCGAAAAGGAUUGGAUGAUUUGCCCGGUUCCAACUAUUUUGCUUCCUGGGAUUUCACUUCGGAGCCCUGUAACUUCGCCGGAGUUUACUGCGAUGGAGAUAAAGUGAUCGCCUUGAAUCUCGGUGAUCCCAGAGCAGGAUCACCAGGGUUAACUGGAAACUUGGAUCCUUCUAUUGGAAAACUCUCUGCUCUUGCGGAGUUCACGGUGGUUCCGGGUCGGAUAACCGGUGCAUUGCCCGAAAGUUUUUCUCAGUUGAACAAGCUGAGAUUUCUAGGAGUUAGCCGGAACUUUCUCUCCGGUGAUAUUCCGGCGUCAUUAGGCCUUCUCCGGGAGCUACAAACUCUUGAUCUUAGUUUCAAUCAGCUGACCGGGAGCAUCCCUUGGGCUAUUGGAGCUCUUCCGGCAUUGUCCAACAUUAUACUGUGUCACAACCACUUGUCCGGUUCGAUCCCACCCUUCGUAUCCCAAAGAUUGACCCGUUUAGACCUUAAACACAACGCACUUUCAGGUACCCUUUUGCCUAAUUCAUUUCCUUCAUCGCUUCAAUACUUGUCAUUGUCAUGGAACCAGUUCACCGGUCCAGUAGAUUAUCAGUUGAGUCGGCUGAACCAGUUGAAUUACCUCGAUCUUAGCUUGAACCGAUUCAGCGGGUGCAUUCCGGGAAUUUUAUUUACUUUUCCACUGACAAAUCUUGAGCUGCAAAGGAAUCAAUUUUCGGGUCCGGUUUUGCCGAUUUCAGAGGUGAGAAUUCCGACGGUGGACAUUAGCUUUAACAGGUUUUUCGGGGAGAUAUCUCCGUUGUUGUGUAAUGUGGAGAAUUUGUAUCUGAACAAUAACCGGUUUACGGGUGAGGUUCCGGCGUUGUUGGUGGAGCGUUUAUUAUCUUCAGGAAUCCAAGUUUUAUAUUUACAGCAUAAUUUUCUGACGGGGAUUGAGAUAAAUCCGAGGGUGGAAAUUCCGGUGAGCAGUUCCUUGUGUUUGCAGUAUAAUUGCAUGAUUCCGCCGGUUGAGAGCGCUUGUCCUUUGAAAGCCGGGAAGCAGAAGAGUAGGCCUACAAAUCAGUGUGUGGAGUGGAAGGGGCAGCAAAACAAGAAUACUACUACUGGAUAAAUAAAUCAUCCAUUAUUCUUUCGUUGAAUUCAAUUUCAUUCUAUAUAAAAAAAAGAGUUAGUAAAUGUGCAUAAAGGAGAGAAAAAUCCCAUCUCUGUGUGAAGCAGCCAAAAGAGUGACCAACAAUUUUGGCAUUUUAUUUUUGUGAUAGCUAGCCUAUUGAAUUUACGGAUCUCAAAUUGAAAGAGAUUAUAUUAUAUAUUCCUUCCUUUCCUUUUUAGUUUUUGUGGAUGACACAAAAUAGAUCAAUGCUGCUACUGAUUGUUUGUUUUUCAUUGGGUUGAGAUUCAAGUUACCCUUCUCCUCCACUUAUUAUAUAUAAUGUUUGUUUGGGAUA